UUCCUCCAAUUCUUUCAUUUUUUGCAACCCAUUUGAUUUGUUUGUUCUUGACUGCUUAUGGCAGAGUCAUGCUCAUUUAUAGGGUUCAAGUUCAGUAGUGUGAAAUUCAUUUUACUUCUUGUAACUAGUGGCUUCAUGGAGCUAUUUGGGAAUUGUUUGAAUCUCUAAAUUACUGUAGUUUUGAUGAAUUUAACUACAAAUGAUUAGUAUAAUAGAUGACUUAGUUUCGAAAAUGCCUCAAGCCCUCGCUAAUGUCUACCAUUGAAGGCAAGGUAUCAUGAAAUUAUUCAAUCCCUCUAUUAUAUUAUACAUGUGGUUCUCAUGACCAAUAUAAGUAAGCCCUUAUGAGUUUUAGUGACUAUGUGGACUGUCUAAAAUUAGGAGUGGAUAAGAAAUAGCUUCUUCUUAUUUAUGGUAAGACCACAUGGCUUCUUCCCAUUGUAUUGAAUAAUAUCUCCACCCUCUUUUAACUCUUGAUCAAGGCCUAUCUUAAGCAUUUUAUUUCUUACCUCUUGUCAUUAAAAGUGGGAACCAAAAUUUGAGGUGCUCAUGUGAAAAUAACUCUCAAUCUCACUAUCCAAAAUGAUGCAUUGAGAAGGGGUCAGAUUAGAUUUAAUGCUUCAUUGUUAGUAUUUGUUUAGCUCAUCAUUUACUGAAAAAAAAAAAAAAAAAAUAGCAGCACAAAAUACAUGACCAUAUAUAACAAUUAUUCUAUCAAUUAUAUAUAUGUAUAUAGAACAAUUAUUCUCUCCUAUCCAGAUUUAUCUUGUUAAAACAGGCAUGCUUUACAAGCAAAAAAGUGGGGUCAAACCCAAAACAUCCAGUAGUCCAUGCUGCAAACGUGAGGGUUCAUGCAAUUCCGCAUGACCUGCCUCAUGAUAGUCACCAUGAAAAAGAAACUGUUGUGAUGCUCUAAAUGAAUAUUUGAAAAAUUAUAAUUGCAUUGGAGAAAGUGUUGAAAAUGCAAGGUGAGCUAUAUUUUGGGAGUUUGAUGACAAGUGGGUGCAAAUUUACUUGGACCAAAUGAAAUGUAGGCAAAGAUGAGAAAUAGAGAAAAAUUAGGAGAUAAAAGCCAACUGGUCAAGACACAUCCUUAACCAUUCUUAGCCAAGCAAAUGCUCUCUCUCCUACACUUGAGCAGGUUUUACAAUCCAAUGUGGCUCCACUUAUCAGUAAUUUCUCACUUGCAACUCUCUCUCUCUCUCUUUUAAACGUGUGGCUAACCAUUAAAUUAACUGAAAGUUUUUAAUUAAUUGCCAUUUUGAUGAAGAAGACUUAAAUUGUGAGUCACAAGUAAGUUGUUUCAUUUACUUGUGACAUUGAUUUUCUUCUUCAAUUUUGAGGGUCAAGCUCAGGGCAGGAGAGAGUUAUGCAAUAUUGCAAUAUGCAUCAUUCAGCAGUGAAAAGCAAUCUUGUUGAUUCAGGUUCAGAAACAAACAAGCUUGGGUCUAGAGGCAAUGACCAGCCCCUCUGCCCUAAGCCCCGUCGGAUUGGGCCUGCCAUUCCUGAAUUUCUCAAACCCCAAAGAUGUAGCAAGCACAGCCAACCAAAUAUAGAGGGGAGAAGAGAUAUUCUGAAUAUAAUUUCUGAAAAAAAUAGUACUGAUGGAAGGGAUUCUAUAUGCAAUGGGUGCACACCAUCUUGUUACCCGGGGUCCCCUCCAGGAAGAACAGAUAACCCAUUGGUUCACGACGUGCAAUUUGUUCAUCAAAUGGAACUUCUUUCGCCGUUUACACGAACUAAGCUCUCUGAUAAAUUUGGCUUCACAUCUGCCUCUCCAGUAUGAGAGCUUCAGAAAAUGAUGCAGCAGUUUUGAGGAAAGAAUAUGAUUGUCCUUCACUAGGAGCACCACUUUGAGGGGUUUUUUUUUUGUAGCACUAUUAGUAUGAGUAUGCACUUCAAGUCUUAAUUUUGGGAAUCGGUUUGUAAAUAUUGUGAGAUGAAUGCAUUCAAAUGCAUCUUGUACAUAUUCUGAGAGGGCUAUGAUCAUUUCUUGUAUAUUCACUAAGUCUAUUUCAAUUGUAGUCAUUGUUAAAGAGUA